AUGUCCACUCGGCCUUCUCGCAAUGCUCCUGCCCCGGGGCCAUCGGCCAAUACUCUCUACUGCCGCACAUGUGGACGUGUACUUUCUCCCCGCAAAUCCCACACCACACAAGCCACGCCUCAGAAAUACUGCUCGGACCGCUGCCGACGAGAGAGGCCUCGUCCUGCCCCUUCCACUGAGAACGACAUCGAGCAAGCUUUUGUACAGCUACUGGGCGAUGGCAGAGAAAGAAGGAUUGUGAAAUGUGAAGAAGUGGAGAGAGCGAUCUUUACGAAGACUAGGACGGACGACGGAUCUGAUAAUGAGGAGGUCGAGCUCUUAGACGCAGAGGAGCUGGGAGAAGACGGUCCGAGUGAUGGAGAAGAGGAAGCGGAGGACGAUGGUGGCGGCGUGAGACUCCCAUCUGAGAUGGAGCCUCCUGCAGCUACUACUACAACUACUACUGCUACUACUACGAAGCCCCAAUCGGAGAAAAGACCGCAUAAGACUCUGAGGGAAUGGGGCAUGCAAAAGGCUAAAGAGCGGGAGAUGGUGAGGAGGGCCGCACGUAGAGGUGUGGCUUUUGGCUUCGAGACGGAGGAGGGAAAGAGGAGAAGCGUAGAGGCGGUUCAAUGGGGCAGAGUGGUGGAGAGUAGUUUUGCCAAAGGAGAGUGGGGUAUUAGAUGGAGGGAAUAA